AAUCGCUGCGAGUGAGGGCAGCGACGAAGCAGCAUGGAAGAUAGAUACAGUCAAAGUCACGGUGCUGCUGGUGGAUCAUUAUAGAAAUUAGACACGUAUUGAAAGCACCCGAGCGAAGUGGCGAACUAACUGCAAAAUACAUUUGCACAAGAGCGGCGUUGGAACUUGACAGGAACAAAACAACUCUUUAGGCGAGUUCACAGAAAUGGAAGAGUCUUUAUUAAUUUAAAGCCAAGGAGGAGGGGUCACGUACUCGCUGUCAACACAGCUUUAGAAAAUAAGUUUACUUCGCGGAGACAGGAGACUGAAAACAUCGGGCUCUGCUGAUUUGUGAAUCAAACGAGUCCUGGUCUUUAUGAGGGAAGGAGGCUGGAAUGGGGAAUGGUGUUCAGGAAAGCCCAGGAGCGUUAACACAGGGGGAGCUCCGACCAGUCGCCAGCAGCACCAGCCAGAUCGAGGGGUCCAAGAUGGGCAGGAACGUGCUGAACACCCUGCUGUCCGGAGCCCUAGCCGGGGCCGUCGCCAAGACUGCAGUGGCGCCGCUGGACAGGACCAAAAUCAUCUUCCAAGUGUCUUCAAACAGAUUUUCAGCCAAGGCAGCCUACCGUCUGAUCUACCGCACCUACCUCUCUGAUGGUUUCCUCAGCCUCUGGAGGGGGAAUUCAGCCACCAUGGUGCGAGUCAUUCCCUACGCUGGCAUCCAGUUCUGCUCCCAUGAGCAGUACAAGAGGCUGCUGGGAGGGUACUGCGGCUCCCAGGGGAAGGCCCUGCCCCCCGUGCCCCGCUUCCUGGCAGGAUCGCUGGCGGGCACCACGGCUUCCAUGCUGACGUACCCCCUGGACAUGGUCCGAGCGCGCAUGGCCGUCACCCCCAAAGAGAUGUACAGUAAUAUUCUCCACGUGUUCGUGCGGAUCUCCCGCGAGGAGGGGCUGCAGACUCUGUACCGCGGCUUCACCCCCACCAUCCUCGGGGUCAUCCCCUACGCAGGGAUCAGCUUCUUCACCUACGAGACCCUCAAGAAAGUCCACGCAGAUCACACCGGCCGGCCGCACCCCAACCCUGCCGAGCGGCUGGCGUUUGGGGCGUGCGCGGGGCUCCUGGGGCAGUCAGCCUCGUACCCGCUGGACGUGGUGCGGCGACGCAUGCAGACGGCGGGCGUGACGGGCCACACGUACGGCUCCAUCGCGAGCACCAUGCAGCUGAUCGUGAGGGAGGAGGGGCUGGUGCUCGGGCUCUACAAGGGCCUGAGCAUGAACUGGGUGAAGGGGCCCAUCGCUGUGGGCAUCAGCUUCACGACCUUCGACCUCACGCAGAUCCUCUGGCGCCAGCUGCAGCAGCGCGGGUUCAUCCAGUGGUAACGCGGAGCGGGCAGCCCGGGCGCACACAGCGCCUUCCUGCACAGGCAUUGCCAAGAGACCCCGGGGUGCGCGCAGUCAGGGGAGGGUCGAUCUGAAAUGAAGUGCUCAGGGUACACCCCUGUGCUUACCACACAUGUAUCGCCCACCCGCCCGCCAGCCCAUGCUUUUAGUUCUCAGUCCGAUUCCCGGAGUGUUUCCAUGUCCUGUUGGGUAGGUCUUUCUCUCUCUCGCUAUGGGUCUUUAAUGGACCUGGCACUGAUCUGGGCAGUCAGGGUGUAACCCAGCUGGCAGCCGGAGAGCUUUUCUUUCAAGCAGGGCUUGACUGCUGAUUAUCAGCAGCCCCUUCUCGGACGGGAGACUGCAGCCACACCUCCUUGUUGAUUUGCUCAAUUGCCCAAACCCACAGCAAUGCAGGAAGUCAGCGGGAGUGUGGAGUCCGGAUACGUGCUGCUUCGAAAUGCAGGAACGGUUCCACAUUUUGAGGAUAAAGAAAUGCCCUGCUGUGUGGUGCUUUGUUUAUAAUUACACUAUGCGUGUAACCGAGGCGUAAAGCAGAAAUUGCCAAAGUUAGAUUCUUUAGAGAAAACGAUGCGGUUUUGUACGCUUAUAACUUAAUAUAGUAACUAACAGAAGCAGCUCCAGCCAGGGUUAUUGCGAACUAUAGCUGCUACAGCAGUCAGUAUUAAGCAGCUUUAGCAGGGUUUGGUAUUACUAACAAUAUUAGCGCCUGUAUCAAAUCUUUUGUUCCAGGGUGCAUCUUGUCCUUUUUUUAAGGGCAUAAAUAAAUAACUGUUACUUUAGAGCCCCACUAGCACCGGGGGGAGGGUGUUGCACACUGAUCAAUCUGACCAGUUGCUGACAGAUUUCAGUACAGUACGACUGAAACCUGCCUUGGGCAGUUCUUGCGUGAGAUCGUCUCUGUGUUGGGCUCUGUUAGGUGCAAUGCACGAGGCUGAUCGUUGUGCACAGGGCUGGAGGCAGGUUUCUGAAGUACAGUUGGUGGCAGCGGUGGGAUCAGCUGUACCUGAGUAACUAUGCAAAGAGCAUACCUGCAAAACAGGUACAGCUUCAAUAAGAACUUACACACAGCAGGUAAAGAUUCAGUAUUGAAUCUGGGUUUACAUUACAGAUCACACACACACAGACACACACACAUAUAUUUGCUAGUGCAUGUAUUUUAAAUCUCACUUGAUUUAUUCGGCUUUUAUGUUUAAUUUUAAGAGAAAAUGUUUGAAGUGAAAUCUUGAGACCCAGUUUUUCUUUUUUUAAAGUGGAUAUUGCAGCUUUUUCGUUCUUGGUAUGUUUCACUUGGGGAUCAUUUCAGCAUCACGGUUGCAGCUGUGUGUAUUUUAAGUUACUAGAUAGAUAUAUAUAUAUAUAAUUUAAAAAAUACAUUCAGAUCUGUGUUGAGAAAAAAGUAUUAAUUUAGGUUAUAUAUAUAUAUAUAUAUAUAUAUAUAUAUAUAUAUAUAUAACCUUUUUCUCUUUUUAAUUUGAAAGGUACUGUACAGAACAGCACCGACUCCAAGCACAGACAAUCCCUUACGUACCAAAGCAUCUCAGUGUUCACAAUGCGUUUGCUGUGUAUUUUUUAAAAAAGUUUAAUUAAACAAUAAUUAAUAAAUGUCUUAGAAACAAUGCACAAUAUCAUUUAUAUCCAUGUUUCUACUCCUUAUCUAUGUUUAACAAAAUAAAGAAUGAAAGUAUUCAUGUUAAAAUGUAAUCUACAAGUAUUAUAACUGGAGUCUGGUGCUCGUUAAGCCUGAAUAAGGAGAUGUCCUCCCUUUUACAUUGUAUAAAAUAGUGCAGUGUUUCAGUCGUCCACAAGAUGGCAGACUAUGUACAGAACACGGCACAUAGUGACAGACCAUGAACUGCUCUACAUGAGGGGCUCAUUAUGAAAUCUAUAUCAGUGCGAGAGUGGCUUUUUCUAACGUUCCAAGGAUUUGGGAGGGGAGUGAUGACGUAGGUGUACCGACACUCCCAGCCCUGAGUGAGUAAACGCAAGAGUCCCCUUUUAAAAUGAUCCAAGUCAGAUAGCAAAGAAUACAUAAAGAACGUUUUAAUAUAUCUACAUCGAUCGAUCGAUAUCUGCUGCCUGUUAUGUAACAUACAUAAUGUGUAUAUGUAAAUAGUUUUUGUAAAUACAGCUAUGAGCAGGUGAAACUACAUGUAUGAACUGCUAAUAACAAUGUCCGUUUGCAACUUGAACGACGUGAGACGCCUUGAGAGGUAUAGGGAUCUAUACACUACGAGGUUAGAUUGUAUCUAAACAUAGAUUCUUUGCUGUCCAGUAGUGUCAUAUCUCCGAUUUUUAAUUAUUUUUGUUUUAUUCUCAAAUAAAAUGUUGAUGCAUUGAACGAUUGAAACCAAUGUUAGUAUUUUACUGAUUUGUGCCAAGAGAACGUAUAUUUAAUAAAAAAAUAUUGGGGUAAAUA